GAGUCACAUUCAGAGUGCCCAGAGACAUUGUCCAGGUCUCUGUCACAUGGCAGGAAGCUAACAGAGAGUAGUAGAUUCCGGUGAACGACUCACUCUCUGCCUGUCAGGCAAUCCUUGACUCUGUAGACAUUGAGUUCAGGUCUGACUGAGAUGACUUCAUAAGGGGUCGACUCCCAUUUGUCCGCAACCUUGCGUUUUCCUGGCACACCUCUGUUGGCAAUUAACACUGUCUCCAACGACGAGGGGUGAGCCUUUGUGUAACCCAUAUUUAAAUUACCCAUUGAAAAUGCGCAUACAGUGCAAAGACUUUUAUUGUGGAGGGUUACUUCCUGCCGCUCGCUUCCUUUUAAGGAAGUGCUGCUCACUUCACCACCCCCUCCCGUCUGCUGUGGCUGCGGUGCUGUGAGACGCGCUUGAGAAGAAACUUGCAAAAUCUUCUCAUUCUGACACUUUGCAAACUUCUUAAUUAGGUGAGUCUUUGGCCAUGGCAUAAUCAAUGGAAUUUCACACUCACAAUCAUGUGUCAUGUCGCCAAUAUUAUUUUAGCAUUUGUUUUAGCAUAGGCGCUAACCGCUGCCAUUCUUCCAUAGAGCCGGCAUGUUCGAUUAUCGGGGCGUGUAUGGUAUGUUGUUUUGCCUCGAUUACUCAGGUCAGGUUUUUUUUACGGGAAGGAAUACCCGUUGACCCAAACAACCUGAGCUUCCUAUCCAAUUCAAACUCAACUCAACAAAUGGCGAGCUAAACACCUACGCGGUAGGACAAGCAUUUUUUUCUCUCCUCCGCGGCGAACCUUUUGGAUUACUUUUGUUUUUUAACUGAACUUUUGGACUGACGCAAAAGCGUUUGCGUACCUUUUUGAACUGAACUGUGAACUGGUUCCAAGAAGGCAGAAAGACUGCAUCUUGUAUUUUUGUUUUGGGCAUUAUUUUGUUUAUUGUUUUUCUAUUGUGUCAUCUGUGUCAUUUAUAUUUGUGUGUUAAUACAUUUAAUGCAGUCAAAAGCAAGAUAACUAGUUGUCGUCAUCUUUCAUACCUCAGGCUCCUAGACGAACCAUCUUCUGUUACACGGUUUAUACUUUUAACCCGCCUAGCCCAUGUAAGCGUUACAAUUGGCGAGCUAGCCAGGAGCCUGACAGUGUGAACGAUUUUUGAUACGACCUUGUGUAUAUACAUAUAUUUUUUUUUGUUGAGUUGAAAGAUGGAUUACUUUGUAGAAAGUGGUAUGGACAUUGCUCAUAUGGUAAUUGUUAGUGGUGCAACAAACACUGAAACAGAGAAAGAAAUUAUUGAUAAUUUAAGCGGGUAUGGUGACAUUAAGAAAGCAAUUAUUGUUUACGAUAGUCAAAACCCUUAUUACAAAAACCUGGCCGUUGAGUUUGUAGACGUUGCGGCGUUAGAAAAGCUAAAACCGUUUUUGCCAUAUACGACUCACACAGCAACCGGUGAAGUUGUUGUUAACUUACUUUUGGUCGAGGGUGCCGCAGCCACAGCGGAGCAUCCCCAGUACCAACACCAAUCUGUGGACUAUCUCCAAGUUUUGAGACGCCUUUCCCGGGAGAGUGGUCGUCCAUUCGAACAUGUUUUAAAAGGAGCUAUGGACCAAAUUAGCUCUCAUCUUGGAGCUGUUUGGGGAGAAGAUGAAGGAGAUGAUGAAGAUAUGGAGGCGGAUGACACCGAGGACGGAGUGGCUAGCGGUGACGUGCUCCGUGUUCAAGCCCCUUCUAACCCACCGACAGCGCCAAGGAUUUCACUGUCUGGUCAUGAGCUGACCCGCCCCGAAGUCCAAAGACUGGUAGUGGAGCACAUUGUGCGCAGGGAUGAUGUUAACACUCAGUUACUGUCUCCAUUACGGCUGCGCACAUUCUCAGGAAAAGUCCCGAAACCCCCUCAUGAAGCAGACUAUGAAGCCUGGAAAACACAGAUGGAGUUGUUAAGUGCUGAUCCUAGUCUUGCUCCUUUGCACAUAACAAGACGCAUAAUCGAAAGUCUCCUUUCCCCUGCUGCUGAUUUAGUCAAACAUUUGGAACCAAACGCCCUGCCUGCCACAUUCCUGCGGAUUCUUGACUCUGCAUACGCGACUGUCGAGGAUGGAGAGGAACUAUUUGCCAAGUUCUUAAAUACGUUCCAAGACCAUGGAGAAAGACCAUCUUCAUAUUUGCAGAGACUCCAAUUAACAAUCAGUGGCGUGAUAAAACGAGGUGGCAUUCCGGCAGGUGACACCGACAAACACCUGUUGAAGCAGUUUUGCAGGGGCUGCUGGGACAAUACUGUGAUAAACAAGUUGCAAUUGGAACAGAAAAAGGAUCAGCCGCCCUCCUUUGCCGAUUUACUCUUCAUGCUCAGAACUGAAGAAGACAGACAGUACACCAAAGAUGCUCUCAUGAAAAGACACAUUCCCUCAGUUAAACAUCGUGUCAAUCUACAGACUCAGAGCGCUACUCGAUGUUCGUGUGGCCAUUCUUCAAAUGCAAGUGCCAUUGAUGAAUUGAGAAAGCAAAUGGUCAAGCUUCAAGAGCAGAUGUCCGCUCUGUUGUCUAGAAAAACACAGAACACUGACAGAACAGAUCACAAACAGAACAAGCAGAAACCAAGAAACAGCAAUGCGCCAAAACCUUGGUUUUGUUUCAAAUGCGGGCAAGAUGGACACAUUUCCCCAAACUGUCCAAACAAUCCAAACCCCGCUCUAGUGGAGAACAAGAGGAGACAGGUCAAGCUCAAGCAACAAUCCGGGGAGAGCCGUAAGCCGUUAAACUGCAUGCAGCUUCCUCGGAGGGACAAGUGGGAGCAGUCCAUCGAUCGUUGUCCCCACAGCAGGCACUCAACUUUUCAAGCCUCAAUACCAAAAGGCUUGGUUGGCACCAGAAGCACUGGAGUGAUCAAAAUCCGAGGAGCCAACUACCAUUGCCUCUUUGACACAGGAUCUCAGGUCACAACAGUUUCGCACUCGUUUUACAACACCUACCUCGCAGAUCAUGAAGUAAAACCUUUGAACAAUCUCCUAGAGGUAGAGGGCGCCAACGGACAGAGUGUGCCUUAUAUUGGAUAUAUAGAGCUUGGCAUAACAUUCCCGGCAGAGUUUGUCGGUGAGGAGAUGGACAUUAACACUCUUGCUCUUGUUGUCCCUGAUCUGCGAUCUUCACAGCCGCCUGUUCUCAUUGGCACAAACACUUUGGACACUGUGUAUGACCUUCAUAGUCAUAAACGACCCGAAUUCCAUCCGGUUCCCUUUGGUUACAGAGCAGUGCUGAAGAUUCUGGAAAUAAGACACAAGCUGGCAACCGAUGACCACCAGGGAGUGUUGAGAAUGCAGUCCACCGAGGCCCUGACAAUCCCCGCUGGGCAAACUGUAGUGCUGGAUGCUUUUGCUGUGUGUCCAUUCCUGCAAGGCGAGAAAGAAGUUGUGAUUCAACACCCAGCUUCAUUUACCCUUCCUGGUGGUCUGAUUAUACAGUCCUGCCUGGUUGAUCUACCUUCUGUCCAACCUGCCAGGCUGCCUGUGGUAGCCACGAACAAAUCAGGUCACGACAUUGUGAUCCCAGUCAGAGGACGCAUUGCCGAAAUCAGUGCCAUCCAGUCUGUUUUCCAUAAAGAGCAAAGUGUAGAGCCAUCCCAGUUAACAUACAAUUUUGGUGACUCUCCUCUCUCUCCUGAAUGGAAGCUCCGUGUGACAGCUAUGCUCAACAGCGUUCCGGAGGUCUUUGCGAAACACGACCUUGAUUUCGGUCGAACAGACAAGGUAAAACAUGAAAUCAACUUGUCUGAUCCAGCCACCUUUAAACAACGGCCUAGGCCGCUUAAUCCUCAAGACGUGGAUGCUGUUCGCAAGCACCUUCAGGAAUUGUUGGAGUCCGGGGUCAUACGUGAAUCAAGCUCACCUUUUGCUUCCCCGAUAGUUGUGGUGAGGAAGAAAAAUGGCACAGUAAGACUCUGCAUCGACUACAGGAAGUUGAAUGCACAAACCAUCAAAGAUGCCUAUGCCCUGCCUAAGCUCGAGGACACGUUUUCAGCUUUGUCUGGAUCUGUCUGGUUCUCGGUGUUGGAUUUAAAAUCUGGGUAUUACCAGAUCGAGAUGGAGGAGAGGGACAAGGCCAAGACCGCUUUCGUCUGCCCGCUAGGGUUUUACGAAUUUAACCGCAUGCCCCAAGGUAUCACCAAUGCGCCGAGCACGUUCCAGAGGCUCAUGGAGCAUUGCGUGGGGGACUUAAAUCUGAAGCAGGCACUAGUCUUCAUUGAUGACUUGAUAGUAUUUGCCCCAACGCUAGAAGAACACGAGCAGAGACUCCAGAAUGUACUUCAGCGUUUGAAGGAGUAUGGGUUAAAGCUAUCAGUGGAGAAAUGCAUGUUCUUUCAGACGUCUGUCCACUAUCUUGGGCAUGUGGUUUCCAGUAACGGAGUGGAGACGGACCCCAGCAAGAUUUCCGCCUUAAUGACUUGGCCAGUCCCGAAGAACCUUAAAGAGCUUCGAUCAUUCCUCGGCUUUGCGGGAUAUUACCGUAGGUUCGUUGAGGGGUACUCUUCUAUCGCAAGACUCCUCAAUGAGUUGACUGCCGGUUACCCUCCUAGCCAAAAGAAAACAAAGCAAGCGGUCAAAUCCCAACACUAUCUCAAUCCAAAAGAGAACUUUGGCGGACGUUCGACACCUGCUUGCCAGGACUCUUUCGAGGCCAUAAUUCAGAAGCUCACCACAGCCCCCGUCCUCGCUUUUGCGGAUCCAAGCAAGCCUUACGUCCUGCACACAGACGCUUGUUCAACCGGGCUAGGGGCGGUGUUAUAUCAGGAGCACGAUGGACGCAAAAGAGCUGUUGCAUUUGCCAGCAGGGGCGUAUCACGCAGCGAAGCCCGUUACUCUGCCCACAAAUUAGAGUUUUUGGCUCUAAAAUGGGCAGUGACAGAAAAAUUCAGUGACUACCUGUAUGGCUCCACCUUCACUGUAGUCACUGACAGCAAUCCGCUCACCUACCUGCUGACAUCUGCCAAACUGGACGCGACUAGCUACCGGUGGCUCUCAUCGCUCUCCACAUACACCUUCAAAAUUAUUUACAGAGCAGGGAAGCUGAACGCCGAUGCGGAUGGGCUCUCUCGGCAGCCUCAUGUGGAACACCCAGAGGACAACAGUUCCAAGAAGAAACGAGAGAGAAUCCUGAGGUUCGCACAACACCAUUUGGACGACCCUUCCUGCAUCUCUAUUGACGAACACUUAGUGCAGGCAGUAUGUGACAGGCACCUUGUGUACAGCUCACCAGACAAACUGCAAGUGGCAGCUCUUGUGCAAGCUCUCUCAAUCAGCGUUGACGGCCUACCGGACAGCUUUGUGGAUGAUCAACAGUUCUCUUUUCCAGUCACUUCCUUUCUGUCUGUUACUGAGAUUGCAGACAAACAAAGAGCAGAUCCGGUUAUUCAGCAUGUUGUCGCUCAGUUGGAACAUGGAUUCAGCCCGCCGCCUUCUCUGAGGGAACAGCUUCCAGAUCUGCCGCUGCUCCUGCGUGAGUUGCCACGACUGGAGAUCUUCAAUAACGUCCUCGUUAGGAAAAGAAACAUUAAUGGUGAGCCCAGCUACCAACUUGUCUUACCAGAGGAGUGUCGAACAGAGGUCCUUUACCAGUUGCAUGACCAGAUGGGCCAUCUUGGAACAGAGAGGACAAUUGACCUCAUUAGAGCACGCUUCUACUGGCCACGCAUGUCCAUCGACAUUACUAAUAAAGUAAAGACCUGUGAGAGGUGCGUUCGUAGGAAAGCGCUGCCAGAGAGAGCUGCACCGUUAGUAAAUAUCCAAACAGCAAGACCGCUCGAACUUGUUUGUAUGGACUUUCUUUCAAUCGAACCAGAUCGGAGUAGCACGAAGAAUGUACUUGUCAUCACUGACCAUUUUACUAAGUACGCUGUAGCGGUCCCAACCUCGAAUCAGAAAGCCACGACAGUAGCCAAAGCCCUGUGGGACAAUUUCCUGGUUCAUUAUGGAAUACCCGAAAGGCUCCACAGUGACCAAGGGCCUGAUUUCGAAUCACACACCAUCAAGGAGCUCUGUCAGAUUAUGGGAAUCCACAAGAUCAGAACCACGCCUUACCACCCUCGUGGCAAUCCUGUGGAAAGGUUCAACCGUACGCUCCUGAACAUGUUGGGCACCCUGCAAGACCAAGACAAAACUCAUUGGAGGGAUUUUGUAAAGCCUCUGGUACAUGCUUACAAUUGCACCCGCAAUGACGUCACCGGCUACUCCCCCUACGAAUUAAUGUUUGGUCGACAACCCCGGUUGCCUAUCGAUUUGGUUUUUGGUCUGCCUGUGUCUGGAAAUCCUCAAACAUCCCAUUCACAGUACGUUGAAAAGCUUAAGUCCCAUCUUGAAGACAGCUACCGCAUUGCGACUAAGAAUGCAGAAAAGGUCAUGGGGAGGAACAAGUCUCGAUUUGACAAGAGAGUUACACCCUCCGAAUUAUCGGUAGGGGAUAGAGUCUUGGUUAGGAAUGUCAAGUUGAGAGGCAAGCACAAGAUAGCAGAUAGGUGGGAGUCGGAUGUGUAUAUUGUCAAGGAGAGAGCCGGCACUCUUCCGGUAUAUACCGUCAAGCCUGAGGGGAAAGUUCGACCUGUAAGGACCCUCCACCGAGACUUGCUGCUGCCUUGUGGCUAUUUGUCAACAACCCCCAAAGCAGACUUGCCAAAGCAACCAACGACAUCAGCCAGAGUGAUUCCACCUGUGGACCCAGCAAUUCUGGAGCUCUCUGAACCAGAAUACUACCCCCCAGAUGUGUAUCUAUCCAACUUACCUGAAACCUGCUCCGCUCCAGCAAAAUUCACAAGUGUGAUUGACUUACCUGUUCCUAUACCUUCAGUUGUCCCAGUUGCAGUGCCCGUGAGUUUGCCUGGCCAGCCCUCACAACGUGCUACAGAAGGGGAUCCUGUUGGUGUGGUACACAGUGUAGAGAUGGAUCAGGAAACGCCUGCCGACCCUGGGCAAGUGUUUGAAUUGCAGGACACAGAGUUAGUGCCAGAAGUGGAUGGUGAUGCUUUGCAGCAGCCAGAGGACAGCACCUACUCUACGUCAGGCUCUCCGCAAGCAGCAUCUACCUUGAGUGAGCCCAAGUCACCCACUGGAACCGAAACAUUCAGUCCAGAAUCUGUAUCGCUAGCUCCACGGCCUUCUCGAAUCCGCAAACCUCCCAGUCGCCUUCAAUAUUCAAAGCUUGGACAUCCAGUUUUGCGCAGUAUCCAGACCUUGUUUCAAGGAUUGAGUAAUGUCUUUGAUUCUACACUGCAAGUAGAGGAGUCUGGAUCGACAAUCACUCCCCAGGAACAAAUUGUUUGCCGUCAGCCACCUCCAUGUACGAGGCCGUACAUGAGUAUAGAGGGGGAACCUGUAACCCAUAUUUAAAUUACCCAUUGAAAAUGCGCAUACAGUGCAAAGACUUUUAUUGUGGAGGGUUACUUCCUGCCGCUCGCUUCCUUUUAAGGAAGUGCUGCUCACUUCACCACCCCCUCCCGUCUGCUGUGGCUGCGGUGCUGUGAGACGCGCUUGAGAAGAAACUUGCAAAAUCUUCUCAUUCUGACACUUUGCAAACUUCUUAAUUAGGUGAGUCUUUGGCCAUGGCAUAAUCAAUGGAAUUUCACACUCACAAUCAUGUGUCAUGUCGCCAAUAUUAUUUUAGCAUUUGUUUUAGCAUAGGCGCUAACCGCUGCCAUUCUUCCAUAGAGCCGGCAUGUUCGAUUAUCGGGGCGUGUAUGGUAUGUUGUUUUGCCUCGAUUACUCAGGUAAUUAUGUUUUCUUUUCUUUUGAUCAUCCAGCCGAUUUAUAGGCAACAGUUUAGUUUAGCAAAGUGGCAAAGGGCUUUAAACUGCUAAUAUGCUUUUGCCACUUUGUGGAUGCGAAUCAGAUGGAACGCAGGUGCGUGUAUUUAGGUUGUUGCGCAACACUUUAAGUUAACUUUGCUUGAUUGUUUCUCAACUUUGAAUGUUUGGACAAGUACUUGAAUUUGAAUUAUGAUACAUUGAGUUUCUAAUAAUGAGUAUUAUUAUGAAACUAGGUUAUAUAAGUGCACUUGUAAUUGAAUUUGUAAUUGAACUUGUAAUUGAAUUUGUAAAUUAAUUUGUAAUUGAAUAUGUAAUUGAUCUAUGAUUGAGUUUUAUCAAUUUAGAUAAGAAAUCAUGAUCUGUAUUAGAAAUGUAUUAUGAAUGUUCAUUUUAAUGAGUUAAUGACUCAUGAUUGUAUAUUAAUCAACAUGGUUAAUUAUGUCAUAUCAAUUGGUUUAUUAGUACAACAAAUUAGUCAUUCGGGACAAUUGAAUGCUUACAUUAUGCUUUCAAGUACAUAUAUAAUGUACUUUACUAGUGAAGAGGUAACUAGGUUACUCACUUUGUUUUUUUUGGACUUUUAGGUCAGGUUUUUUUUACGGGAAGGAAUACCCGUUGACCCAAACAACCUGAGCUUCCUAUCCAAUUCAAACUCAACUCAACAAAUGGCGAGCUAAACACCUACGCGGUAGGACAAGCAUUUUUUUCUCUCCUCCGCGGCGAACCUUUUGGAUUACUUUUGUUUUUUAACUGAACUUUUGGACUGACGCAAAAGCGUUUGCGUACCUUUUUGAACUGAACUGUGAACUGGUUCCAAGAAGGCAGAAAGACUGCAUCUUGUAUUUUUGUUUUGGGCAUUAUUUUGUUUAUUGUUUUUCUAUUGUGUCAUCUGUGUCAUUUAUAUUUGUGUGUUAAUACAUUUAAUGCAGUCAAAAGCAAGAUAACUAGUUGUCGUCAUCUUUCAUACCUCAGGCUCCUAGACGAACCAUCUUCUGUUACACGGUUUAUACUUUUAACCCGCCUAGCCCAU